GCUACUUCACUGCAGUCGAUCAUAUUAUUUUCGUUGCAAUGUUUGUUUUAUGUAUCCAACCAUAGGUGGAGUUAAGUGUUUGUGUAAAGUGAAUCGUAUUCAUUGUUAUAAAUGUAACGAAUAUAUCGUUUGAGAAAGAAAGUCCUGACCAAUAAUCCAAUAGGAUAAACAAAUUUCAGUGACGUAAAAUGAUGUCUCAUUCAUCGUUCUUGACAUAUUCUUAUACAUAUAGUUGCUUCCAAUGCUUGUGCAGUGUGUCGAAUCGUCGAUGUAAUGACAACACGUCUUCGCUUGAAAGCUGUUGAGUGAUAUUGUACUGUACUUAAACAAAACGGCAGAUCACGGAAAAGAGAAAGAAAAGAACAUAGGAAAAGAAUGAAGAUUUAAAAUAUUUUAAUUUUGUCAAUGUACUUGAACAAUAUUGUACGUUGUUAUCAUAGCAUAUAUUUUACUAUGACUUUGUUUCAUGAGUAAAACCUUCAACACGUUUCAUGCUGUGCUAUUUUCGUACAACUUUCCAUUUAGGUCGCGUGCAUGAAAUACCAUUUACAAUGAAACAAAAGAUCGAGAACAUGAAAUUUAUAUUUUACGCAACUACGUUAGUAAUCGUGAGUAACGUUAUAUGUGGCGCCAGAUACAAUAAAUUACAAUGUAAAGAUGAAAAAGAUGUACCGGUGGAUUGGUACGUGCUUUAUAAGUUACCAAAAGUUCAAACAAGUAGUAAUCCCCUGAUUAGAGAAGGAAUUGCUUAUUUGUACAUAACGAAUGCAACUAUUGAAACUGGUUGGCAAGUGUCUUCUAGGCCCAUCGGUUCGAACAAUUCCAUCCCUGGAAUUACAUUAGCGCCGCUUUACAAUCAGAGUAACGAGAAUGAAAACAUAUGGAGUUUAUAUAACGAUAGUCCACCAAAUUCUUCUUAUGUCUGGAGCUUUGGUCACACAAAGGGUGUAGUGAUGGCAAAUAGUGACCAAGGCUUCUGGUUAAUUCACAGCGUUCCAAAUUUCCCUCCAGUUCCUAAAAGUGGUGUGCAAACUCGACGGUUAAAAAGGGAAAAUAUUACUGCCGAUGGCAAAUACAGUUAUCCGGUGAGUGGAACGUAUUACGGACAAAGUUUUUUAUGUAUUUCCCUUGGCAGUGAUCAGUUCGAUAUUAUUGGAGAACAAUUAAUGUACAACGAAAUAGCAGUGUAUGCAAAAAAUAUUCCUGAUAUACUUGGUAAACAGUACCCGAUAUUGAAAAAUGCGAUCAAUCAGAAACAUAUCAAAACUCCUCCCUACAACCAUAAAGCUGUAAUAAAAUCUCUAAGAAUGAUUGAAUUCAUUUCGUUUGCUAAGGAUGGAAAAUGGGGUAAAGAUUUAUACGGAGAUUUUGUAGCGCCACAAUUGCAAUCAGAUUUAUAUGUUCAGUCAUGGUUGAAUGGCCGAGGCAAGUUACCCUCAAUUUGUACCCGUAGAAAAAUCUACAAUGUUAAAAGCUUUGAAUUCGACGUAGCGAAUGUGAAUUUUGCCAGUAGUCAGGACCAUUCAAAAUGGGCUAUUACAAACACCAAAAAGUCCGCUAAUCGCUGGGUUUGCAUUGGUGAUAUCAAUAGAGCCAAUACACAGUAUUCUCGAGGCGGUGGAAUCGUAUGUUUCAAAGAGGCUCGUUUGUGGACUGAUUAUCGUAAUAUUAUAAAUGACGUAGAACCUUGUAAUCAUACGUAAAGGCUUUAGCAAGAUACAAUGCGUUCAUUUGCCACUUUUUACGAUGAAAAUUACAUACCUUUAAAACAUUAACAGUGGUAACGUUAACGUUAACAAUAAAAUUUAUACGAUAACUUGAGAGUUUCAAGGAUAUUUUAUACGAACGAGUCUAUAAAAGAAGAAAAACGGGUAUUACUUUAAAAGCAUGAAUCAUUGGUAUAUAUACACGUGUACAUAUAGAUAGAAGAUUCUGAAAUAACGAUGUUUUAAUCGAUUUUACAUUAUGUCCGUAACGGAUAUCUCGUCGAUAUACAUCGUAAAGUUGUGCGACAACAGUGCGAGGAUACAAAGUAAUAACCGUCAUAUUAACUGCAGUUUACUUGCAAGUGUAUAAAGAAGAGGUCUCGGUGGCUCUCUAUUACUGUGGAAUAAGGACGAACGACGGGGAUCAGAAGCAGUUCUUAAAUUGGAUUUUAUGAAAGGCGGCAGCGACUCUUCCUGCACCGCCUCUAGUUUCGUCUUUCUUUUUCUCAACCGUGCUUAUUGUCUAUCUAAGGAAAUUGCAGAGGAGCUCGACGUGCCGUUAAUGAAAGAAAAAAGAAAGUUGUCGAGGUUUAGUAAGCGGAAGGAGGGAGAAACGAUUUGCUCUUUAAUGAAAAUUCCAAGAAAUCGGCUGAACUUCGGUCCGUUCUUUAUCGGCUGUUUCAAGUUUCUCGAUCACUUUGAUAGACUUUGUUUCAGAGAUUUCUUUACUUUGAGAGAGAGAAAAAACGGUUGCCCAAAUAUUGCAUCGAUAAGAGUUAUUAUCAUGGCAAUAAAUGCAUGUUGCA